GCUCCGAUUGAUUGAAUCUUCUGGAUAAUCAGAAAAUGGAAGCCGAAGAGGUGGCGGCUAAACCCCCAAAAGGCCGCUUCUGUACCAUCUGUAACCAGAGACGCGCCGCCCUCAAACGCCCCAAAACCCUUGAACAAAUAUGCAGGGAAUGUUUCUAUGCGGUGUUCGAAGAAGAAAUUCACGGCGUAAUAGUGGAUAACCAGCUUUUCAAGCCUGGUGAACGCGUAGCCAUUGGAGCUUCUGGUGGAAAAGAUUCCACGGUGCUUGCUUAUGUAUUAUCAGAAUUGAAUCGCAGGCACAACUAUGGCCUGGAUUUAUUCCUUUUGUCGGUUGAUGAAGGCAUCACUGGGUACCGUGAUGACUCUCUUGAAACUGUUAAAAGAAAUGAAAUUCAGUACGGACUUCCUCUUAAAGUUGUUUCCUACAAGGAUUUGUAUGGCUGGACAAUGGAUGAGAUAGUAAAGCUGAUAGGUUUGAAGAAUAACUGCACAUUUUGUGGUGUUUUCCGGCGCCAGGCCCUAGAUCGAGGUGCCACAUUGUUGAAAGUAGAUAAACUAGUGACAGGACAUAAUGCAGAUGAUAUUGCUGAAACAGUCCUCUUAAAUAUACUGCGAGGUGAUAUUGCCAGACUGAGUAGAUGCACAUCUAUCACAACUGGUGAAGAUGGACCCAUACCGAGAUGCAAGCCUUUCAAAUACACAUAUGAGAAAGAGAUUGUUAUGUAUGCAUAUUUCAAAAGGUUGGACUACUUCUCUACUGAAUGCAUUUACUCUCCAAAUGCUUACCGUGGAUUUGCUCGAGAAUUUAUCAAGGAUCUAGAGAGGAUCAGACCAAGAGCAAUAUUGGAUAUCAUUAAAUCAGGUGAAGAUUUUAGGAUCUCCACUUCAACAAAAAUGCCAGAGCAGGGUAAUUGUGAACGCUGUGGUUACAUUUCCAGCCAGAAAUGGUGUAAAGCUUGUGUCUUGCUAGAGGGACUGAAUCGUGGUUUACCAAAGCUUGGUAUUGGGAGAAGUCGUGGUGCUAAUAAUGAGCAGAGCAAGAAUGCAAAAGAAGCGAAGGGAAUAGAUAGUAUUCAGAGCAAACAAUGUGGAACUUUGGACUUCUGAUGUGGUGGCAUUUGGCAUACGUCUUUUUUGAGGCUCAACCAACAUCACGGCCCUUGAGUUUUCACCCUUCAUCUGAUCAGCAAGUUGAUUUUCACUGGCUUGCUCGAGUUUUAUGCUGGUAACUUGCAGGGUGAUGUCUAAGGAGGCUUGAUCUCUUCGAAAAGCCAUUAGCAACGCUGUCAUUUUAACAGGAGCCUGGUUCCAUAAACGACCAUAAUCUGUAUUGGGACACGGGAAUUUUGUAGCAUUUCUUAUUAUAUAUGAACGACGUUACUUAACAGGUUUAUAUGCACGUCACAUCAUCGCAAUUUGAAUUUGAAUACCAAAUUUUGCAUAUAUAGCAUGUAUUUAGACCUAAUAGUAUUUGGAUUUGAUACUCUUUUGUAGUUGAAGAGCAAACGAUAUUCUUUUGUUCAGCUGACACUUCCUAUUGGAAGAGAAAUCUUAAUCCUUGAACUUUA